UCUACAAGUUUAAUUACGGGAAAUUGAGAAGGAAAACUUAUAGUCAACCCAACUGGCUAGUUAUUUGAUUAGUUCAUUACACAACGUUUCGACCCUAUUCUUUUGGGUCCUUUUCGAGUGAUACUAACAGUCAUCGAUCAGAUGACUGACUUAUUGUUAGUAUCACUUAUACCUUCUCGCUCGCUCCUGUGACGAAAAAUCAAUAACACACUCGUGUUAUCGACAUUUCAUGCAUGCAGCAUGGAACACAACGAAAAUUGGGCGCUGUAUUAUUCGUUUGAAAAAUGGAUGUAGCACGGACACGCACCAAGUGGAGACUUUAUCAGCAGUACUUGAAAAUGGGUGUAGCGAAAUAAUUACAAAAAUAACAAUGGACGUGAGGCGCUAAAAUCAGCCGAGCGAAAACGGUGUCGAGUAAAAUGCCGGCGUGGCCGCUCUCAGGUUUCUCUCAGGGGCUCGAUUCUUGAAUUCAUUCGAAGAAGAAACGUAUACGAAAAUUCUGCUCCGACAGAAAAGUUGGAAGUCGAUUGGUCAAAGCUAUUCGAAUAGCCAAUCAACUUGCAACUUUUCUGUAAGAGCAGAAUUUUCGUAUACGUUUCUUCUUCGAAUAGUUUCAAGAAUCGAGCUCCUGGUGCUAUUAUUCUCCUCUUACUCGCUCCUAUUAUUGUCUCGUUCGCUCACAUAACGAAAUAUCAAUAACUCUGUUUUUAUCUACAUUCCAUAACGUGCACAUCUGCGUUAUCAGCUUAGACCAAACGUGGACAUUGGCCACGUAGUUCAUGUCUACUGUUUCAAUGUACGCAGAGGGCGCAUCGCGUUCGAUGAUCACGUAAAAUUGGGCCGUGGCAACUCUCAGGCAGCUCUCUGCUUCUCAUCCAUUCCAAUUGAUUUUAACAUAACCCUGCGGCACGAUCGGCUCGUUCAUUCUCCCCGUACCUUCUCCGCAUGUACGAAACGCAGUCGCCUAGUUCGCGUCGCCUUAUCCGAACGGAUCGCGCGUUUAAGGGAGGACCCCUCUUGAUGUGAAUGGUGCUUAAAGUUCGGCGGACGUUAAAACGUUUCUCGCUCGUUGUGACGACUUGUUAGUCGUUGUCGGCGUAAUCAUGGCGGCGGGGACCUCGUCACGGGUAGACGAACUCGUGCAAUCUGUCAGCUUGCACAAUCCGCGCAAAUGGAUGUUCAACGGUUACAUCCUGCCUUUCGUGACACUGCAGUCUAUGUGGAUCUACUGUUGGAUCUACGUUUACGGUGUUAAUGAGUACUACGACGCGGGCCUGGUGGGCAUCGCGGCGAUCGGCGUGCUACAGAUUUUUCUGUGUCUGUGCUGCCAAUGGUCCGUGCACAUUCACACGUUCUUAAACUGCAGCACGGAAAAGGAUCCGUACAAAGCCAGAAUAGUUAAAGUAGUCCCCACCCCAAACAACGGGAGCUCGGAGCUGAUUUUGUUACAUCAUACAAAUAAGCAGAAACCUUGGUUCAUUUUUCAAAAGACAAAGUAUUACUGGGACUCGGAUGUGAAGUCGUUCAAAGGGCUGCAGUUCCCGACCGAUCAUACCGUGAAAUAUUACUGCGAAUGGAAGGGGUAUCUCGAUCAAAAGGAAGUUGAGGCAGCGGAGGAAAGAUAUGGGAAAAACAUGUUGGACAUGGUAGUACCCGAGUUCUGGGAGCUCUUUAAAGAACGCGCCAUCGCUCCGUUUUUCGUCUUUCAAGUAUUCUGCGUGGCACUCUGGUGCUUAGAUAAAUAUUGGUAUUAUAGUAUCUUCACACUGAUCAUGCUUAUCAUGUUCGAGUGUACCCUGGUGCAACAGCAACUAAGAAAUAUGGCUGAGAUUCGUAAAAUGGGCAAUAAGCCGUACAUGAUAAUGGUGUAUAGAAAUAGGCGAUGGCGCUUGUUAUUUACAAACCAAUUAGUUCCUGGGGAUGUUGUCUCUAUUACGAGGUCUCAACAUGAUAACUUGGUGCCAUGCGACAUGUUGCUUUUGCGAGGCCCGUGCGUGGUUGAUGAAAGCAUGUUAACAGGUGAAUCUGUACCUCAAAUGAAAGAACCUAUAGAAGAUAUUGAUGGAAAUAGAAAUGUAGAUAUCGAGGGAGAUGAUAAGCUUCACGUGCUUUUCGGUGGUACAAAAGUUGUACAGCAUACACCACCUAACAAAAAUACCCCCGGUCUUCGAGCAACCGAUAACGGAUGUGUUGCCUACGUAUUGCGUACCGGCUUUUCCACGUCACAGGGCAAACUUCUGAGAACGAUACUGUUCGGCGUUAAACGCGUUACAGCCAAUAACUUGGAAACUUUUGGCUUCAUUCUAUUCUUGCUUAUUUUUGCAAUUGCUGCCGCAGCGUAUGUCUGGAUCAAAGGCAGCGAGGAUCCUACGAGGAACAAGUACAAACUAUUUUUGGAAUGCACGUUGAUUUUGACAUCUGUUGUACCACCAGAGUUACCUAUAGAAUUGUCUUUGGCUGUAAAUACAUCUCUGGUAGCUCUGGCUAAAUUAGGUGUAUUCUGUACAGAACCAUUUAGAAUUCCAUUCGCUGGCAAAGUCGACAUUUGUUGUUUCGACAAGACCGGUACGCUAACCAGCGAUAACUUGGUGGUCGAGGGUAUUGCGGGUAUCGACGGCAAGUCGGACGUGAUCCAAAUAUCAGAUGCACCUUUGGAGAGCAUUCAAGUGCUCGCCACGUGUCAUUCUCUUGUUCAAUUAGAUGACGGUAUCGUCGGGGAUCCGCUAGAGAAGGCCACUCUCAAAGCUAUUAAUUGGAAUCUCACGAAGAGUGAUUCUGUAAUUCCUAAAAAGGGCAAAUCUCCAGCACUGAAGAUCGUACAAAGGUAUCAUUUUUCAUCGGCUCUGAAAAGAAUGUGCGUCGUGGCCGGAUAUAAUCUUCCUGGAGCUUCGGAAGUGCAUUACAUGGCUACGGUAAAAGGUGCGCCGGAAACUCUGAAGAAUAUGUUAAUUUCCGUGCCGGAAAAUUACGAUUCAACUUACUUGGCUCUUUCACGUCGCGGCGCAAGAGUGCUCGCUUUGGGAUAUCGAAAACUUACCGGUAGUUUAUCCUCUCAAGAUUUGAGAGAAUUGUCUCGUGAAAAACUAGAAAACAAUCUCACGUUUGCGGGAUUCGUCAUCAUCAGCUGCCCUCUCAAACCUGACUCGAAAGCCGUUAUCAAAGAGAUCGUCAAUUCAUCGCACUCGGUCGUGAUGAUAACGGGUGAUAAUCCGUUGACGGCUUGUCAUGUAAGCCGCGAGUUGCAUUUCACAAAGAAGCCUAGCACACUUGUACUGACUGAAGAUGAUGGCGAAUGGUUCUGGGAGAGCAUAAACAAGACGACGCAGCUUCCUUUGAGCGCGGACAAUAUUGAAUGGCACAAAGAGAUCUGGAGGGAUUAUGCGCUUUGCGUAACGGGUGAAGGUUUAUCGUAUCUGAAGGAGAAGCAACGGGAACUUCUUCGACGGCUCUUGCCUCACGUCGUGAUCUUCGCACGAUGCGCACCGAAGCAAAAAGAGUUCAUUAUCGUAUCGUUACAAUCUUUAGGCUAUACGACAUUGAUGUGCGGUGACGGAACGAAUGAUGUCGGAGCUUUGAAACACGCACAAGUGGGUGUCGCAAUUCUGUCCAGUCCGCCCGAGAGAGUGGUUUCCGAUAAACGAGAAGAUCCCAGGAACGAUACUUUGUCGCCCGUGAACAACGGGCCAAAAAACAAUCCGAGAGCCGCCCCGGUGAGCACUCGCGCGAAGCUGCAGAAGAUCCUGAAGGAGAUUGACAACGAGGUGCAGGAACAGUCCGUGAUCGUGAAACUUGGCGAUGCUUCCAUUGCGGCCCCCUUCACCAGCAAAAAGUCAUCCAUUCAAUGCAUAUGUCACGUGAUCAAGCAGGGACGCUGCACUCUGGUCACGACCCUGCAGAUGUUCAAAAUACUGGCACUGAAUGCGCUGAUACUCGCCUACAGCCAGUCGGUGUUGUAUCUGGAUGGAAUCAAGUUUAGUGACGCGCAGGCGACUUUGCAAGGUGUCCUUUUAGCGGCAUGCUUCCUCUUCAUCUCACGAUCGAAACCGCUGAAAACUCUGUCGCAGCAAAGACCGCUACCAAAUAUCUUCAAUUUGUACACCAUCGCAACUGUAUUAUUGCAGUUUGCCGUACAUUUCAUCUGCCUCGUCUACGUGGUGAAAGAAGCUACCAUUUUAUCUCCGAAGGACGAUAAGUUGGCAGCCAUCCUGAAUACUUCCAAAGAGGUGAAUUCGUUGGGAGAAAAUGACAGCAGCGAGGAAGAACCCUUUGAGGCGAAUUUAAUUAACAGUACUGUGUACAUAAUCUCGAUGUCUCUUCAGGUUUCUACUUUUGCUAUAAAUUAUCGAGGCCAGCCAUUCAUGGAAAGUUUGACACAACAUAAGGCACUUUUGUUAAGUCUCGUAGUCAAUUUCACCGUUAUCUUAUUGCUGGCUUGUGGAUUUAUGCCGGAUUUGGCGGUGCAGUUCGAGAUUGUAGACUUUCCAAGCCAAUUCCGUACGACACUGGUUCAAAUACUAGUCGCGGAUUUUGUCCUCGCAUAUAUAGUCGACAGAGCUUGUUUAUUGCUCUUUGGCGAGGGAACACAACACAAACUGUGAUGAAACUACCUUUUAUCGAUUACAGACUGUAUCAAAGAUUUUUGUACGUAACUUUUGUUACUAAUCUUGUUCCACGUUAAGAGCUGACAAUUUUUGUAUUUAAGGCUCGAUGAUGUACCUGUGAAUACAUGUGAAUUAUUAUCUCAAAUUGCAUUUUGUAUUUUAUGUCGAAACGGUUUUUUUUUGUUUUUGUCUAUUCGUAUGUUGUGUAUGAAAAUGUAAUGUGAAAAUAUAACUAUGUGCAUUCAAUCAUUACUCGCCUAACUGUUCACUCUAUGUCAACUUUUUCUCCGUGGAACAAGAAACAAGCGCUCCGGCGAUCAUUAUUUAUUGUCGAUGAAGAUAUUAAUGAUGCUUGAUAAUCGUUGAUAAUUAUUUCGAUGAUCACAAGUCAGUAUUGCCUUUAUGUACUAUAAAAUUAUAUAUUAUUUAUUUACAGCUAUAAAACAUUAUGUCGUAAAUUUUCGCAAUUUCGACAACAUUUAACAACAAAUAUUGAUCGCUUUUGAAAAGGUGCGCGUACUCAUGUACAUAAUUUGUAGAUAAACGGUUCUACUUUUCUCUCACAUUCACACUUGACGUAAGUCUUUUACACAGACAUGUUAUACAUUCAAAUUUGUAUAAUUUACACACACACACACACACACGCGCGCGCGCUACAUACGCAUAUAUAUUUUUUAUACAGACACGUACACAAAACGGUGGAUUGUAAUUGGAUCUCAUUCGUGAUUAAAUGAACGACACAUGAAGUGCUUACGCGAAUAACUUCCUAACUGCGAUAUGGGACACAGUUGUACGUAGCAAUUUUAUACAACACAAUUGCAUUCCACUUCGAUCAUGUUACGUUACAAUCUUACGUUUUCGCGUUUGCGAAUGAAGCAAAUAAUUGCACGUCUUUUCAGUUUACAAAUUUUAUUUGAGGUGUGCAAUUAAUUUUCAUGUCACGUUCAGACAGAUCUGCGAGGUGAAGCGAAAGGAUAUUUCUUUAUUCGAAUUCGGACUAAGCAUAGUUGUAUAAUAUUGUACAUUUAUAAUAAUACUAAUAAAAAUAAUUGUUGGAAA